AAGGCAGAGCCCGGCGUGGACCUCUGCUCCCCGCGCCGCUCUGCAGGGCAGGCCUGCGGCUAGGAGGGGACCUGGGGCAGAUCGGCGCGGAGGGGGCGCUCCCUGGGAGCUGGUCCGCCCGCUGGAUGCCGGGCAGCUUGGGGGCCCGGCGAGAGGUCAGAACCCGAGGACGCCGUUCCGCACAGUCCCUCUGUCCGUGCGCCCGUCCAGGACCUGCUCCAGCCUCAAAGCCGGGCAGCCGGGUCGGGGACCCGAGAGGCCUGAGGCUCCGCGCGACGCCGAGACUGGGACGCAGCACCACGGAUCCAUCUGGGGAGGCACCUCCAAAGCCAGGCGACUGAGACCGCGCGUCCUACCCGUCGGUACUUGAGAAGCGAUGGUCAGCGAGUCGGAGACCGCGGGGCUCCCCUUUCCCGCCAGCCUCCGAGGCCCGCCGACCUUGGCUUCGGGGGAAAUUCAAGCUCGCCGGAGUUAGCCUUGAAGACGCGCCACACCCCCUCUCCAAUCUGAGCGGGGCCGGGCGCCACGGUGGAAACAGCGCCCGCAUCCUCGUGCCAAGCAGAAGGCGACUCUGAGCCUGGUCACUCGGACCUUCAGCGUUUAGGAGAACUCCAAGGCGGGCGGGGACGGCCGCGAAAAAGCGGAUUUGAAACCAGGAAUCAAGGCGGACGUGGGGAGCUGGCGCCGCUGGAGCGCUCGAGGCGGCGGCCCGGGGAGCCGCGCGGCCGGGGGGAGCGCCCAGUGGUCAUGGGCCUGCCGGCCAUCGGGCGUCUGGGGGCCGGCUGAGCGCCCCGCCGAGCCCCGACCUCCCGGGGGCCUGGGCGAGAGUCAGCCCGCGGCCACGGCCGUCCGGCGCGGGGCUGUCCCCGGGGGCCCGGCCAUGGCUGGCCGGGGUUGCGGCUGCAGCUGCGGCCCAGCCCACCUGAACGAGGACAACGCGCGCUUCCUGCUGCUCGCCGCGCUCCUCGUGCUCUACCUGCUGGGCGGCGCCGCCGUCUUCUCCGCGCUGGAGCUGGCGCACGAGCGCCAGGCCAAGCAGCGCUGGGAGGAGCGCCUGGCCAACUUCAGCCGCCGCCACAACCUGAGCCGCGACGAGCUGCGCGGCUUCCUCCGCCACUACGAGGAGGCCGCCGAGGCCGGCAUCCGCGUGGACAACGCCCGCCCGCGCUGGGACUUCACCGGCGCCUUCUACUUCGUGGGCACCGUCGUGUCCACCAUAGGGUUUGGGAUGACCACUCCAGCGACAGUAGGAGGAAAAAUCUUUCUGAUCUUUUAUGGCCUCAUUGGGUGCGCAAGUACCAUCUUGUUCUUCAACCUGUUCCUGGAGCGCCUGAUCACCGUCAUCGCCUACAUCAUGAAAUCAUGCCACCAGCGGCAGCUCCAGAGACGAGGGGCCCUGCCCCCAGAGAGCCUGAAGAACCCAGGGAAGUUCGAGGCGGAUAGCUUGGCUGGCUGGAAGCCCUCCGUGUACUACGUCAUGCUGAUCCUGUGCGUGGCCUCCCUGCUCAUCUCCUGCUGUGCGUCAGCCAUGUACACCUCCGUCGAAGGGUGGAGCUACUUCGACUCGCUCUACUUCUGCUUUGUAGCUUUCAGCACCAUUGGCUUUGGGGACCUCGUCAGCAGCCAGAACGCCCAGUACGAUAGCCAAGGCCUCUACCGUUUUGCCAACUUUGUCUUCAUCCUCAUGGGCGUCUGCUGCAUUUACUCCUUGUUCAAUGUCAUCUCCAUCCUCAUCAAACAGUCCGUGAACUGGAUCCUGAGGAAAAUAGGUGGCGGGUGCUGCCAACAAUGCCAAAGAAAUCUCUUGCGGUCACGGAGGAACGUGGUGAUGCCGGGCAAUGUCCAGACACGGUGCAACAUCUCCAUAGAAACGGAUGGGGUGAUGGAGAGUGACGUGGACGGGCGCCGUCUCUCUGGGGAGAUGAUCUCCAUGAAGGACUUCUUGGCAGCCAACAAAGUCUCGCUGGCCAUCCUCCAGAAGCAGCUGUCUGAAACAGCCAAUGGCUACCCCCACCAGACCAGCACGGUGUCCCGGGACAAUGAAUUCUCAGGGGGGGUAGGAGCCUUUGCCAUAAUGAACAACAGGCUGGCAGAGACGAGUGGGGACAGGUAGGAGCAAGGAGUGGUCGCUGGGCAUGGAGGCCUAGGGGAGAGUGGACGAUGAGGGGACCGUCAUCCAGCUCAGCUCUGCACCAUGGCUGGGUUCAUUCUGGAUCUGUUCCUUCUAGCCUCCUCAAGCCCAGCUUUAGAAAUCUCAUCUUCUUGGCUCCAACGAACAGCCACCUUUCAGGGCUGCGGGAAGAUGAGCCUCAAUGCCUUUCUCCUUAUCUUUAUUCUUUAAGUCUAAAUUCAGUCUUUUAAAAAUGAACCACAAAAGCAGUCUAAGACGUUGCACUGUUUCUUCACUUACCUUGCUCCAGGGUCUUACCUGCCUAAGGGAAGGAGGGUGUAAGUAAGCCUUGAUUUCCUGCUGCUCUGUUCUUCAUUUGGAAAUAAAAAUCCUGAAGAUCCUAAUUUUCCUCUGGAACUCUGGAUGGCUGAAUUCACUGCCCCUCUCAGCCCCCUCAAAAAAGGGGAGAAAGCGUUUGACAAUGUGUCUGGGCUCUGGGCUUCCAUCCGAGCAGAUUUCUUCAUAGUGCCGUGGAUACAGAAACCAUCUAUUCUACUUUUUAUACCUGCUCCUCUGCUUUUGUUUUUCCUUUCUUUUAUUUUUAAGAUCUUAAUGCUUGGCUAAGGUGUCUGUGGGACCUCCAUGUGGUAAGAAAACUAAAUUCAGCUUCAAGCCUUUAAGCUGCAGUGAGAUAGUGGGGAGACUCGCUUUUGUAACUAAAGAAUAUAGCUUAACAUUUUCCCUCCGAAUGGUCACAGUUCCAUUUCAUUUUUACCAGGGCUUGGGGCCCAUUGAGAAGAUAAUGGCUGACUAUUUAUUAGAACUGAAAAUUUAAUAAAUCCUCAUUUUAUUAACUAA